AAUGCGAGUUGGGAAACGAAUUUAGAAGUGGCAUGCGUCGUUGAGUUGAGCAAGAACCAUUGGCCUGCAUUCCGUUUGGAGGACUUGAGAACCCGCCAAAGGCAAGCAUGCCAUUGCCACUCCUAUGGAGUACAUAUAUCCACCGUUCCUACAUAAUGCACACUCUUGUACGACUACACUCCUUUUCAGGGACGCAGGCGACGGGCUGGAAAAGGCCCUUUAGGGUACGGGUAGCGAACUAUCCAAGUCAGUGUUAGGACAGUGCUGGGAAUUGUCGACAUCAUAUGUAUGAGAGCGUGUACCACUACCACUAUCACCACCAAAACCACGAGGGCCACUUGCAUUAGCACUACCACGACCGUCGUCCUCGUCGUCGUCGUCGUCGUAGCGAUGUGCGCAAGGCUUGAAAAAGAAAAUAAUUGAGAGUAAUUUCUUCAGCGAUUCAGUUUCAAUUUUCAACCAGUGGGAGGAUGAGGUGGCUCCGAUGCUCAACAUGGCUUAUUGGCCUGGUGCUAGUGCAGACUGUGAGAACAAUCCGUAUCCAAAAGCGACAACAACAGAGACGCCAAGAAGUCAUCAGUGAUUUCCUUCAAACACUGAAGAAUACCCCGAAAGCCCACAGUUUGAGUCCCAGCUGGAAUGGGAAGAGUCAAUAUCAAGUGGUGCCCAUCAACCACCUUCCUUUGCAAAACGAGGCUAAUGUGGAAUCUCCAUCCGCCGUCGCCGCCAGCAGUCAAGUGCUCAACAUUGGAGGCUUUUCAGAUCUCGGGGGCGGGUUUCCUUCGCCUAAUAAUAAGGGCUUCUCAGACUUUGCAGCCUCGGCUUCUCGUCCCAGGCAGAACGGAGGUCAGUUUAACAACCACCACCACAACAACAAACACAACAAGCCCGGUACGCACAAAAACAACCGUAGACUAAAUCCCAAGCAUGGCUCGAAUUUAAGAAAUCGAAACGCUCAGCACUCGGCGGGAAACAAAAAGCAUUCCCCAUUUCGCAGACCGUUCGCUGCCCAAGGACGUCGAGCAAAUGGCAACGGGGAGAAGCAAUUCAGAAGACCGCAAUUUGACGCAGGAGCCAAUGGCAACCGAAAACAAUCGGGAGGCAACCGACGACCCGAGUUUGGUGAGGAUUUCCCCAGACGCUCAGAGUCAGGUACACCCGGCGUCGAAGUCUCUAAGGUACUUAGAAAACGACCCACACAACCCGACUUCUUCCGAGACGAACUCAAUGAGCCUCAGCCUCAGUUUGAAGAGCGUAUUGAAGACAACGGAGACGCUCAUCGGUAUGAUUUCGAGCUAGGUAAACCCAGUCAAUUCCCCGGGGCGACCAGACACCAACAAGGGGAACGACCCACCGCUACGCACCAGCCUCAAGCAAAUGGUGAUCGCAGUUCUAAUAGACCAGGAUUGAGCGUGCCCAAUUCAAACUUGGGCUUUAAAGGAUUUGGAGCGAAUCCUUUUAUCAAUGAAGAGCACGACGAUUUCCCGCGACAAUUUUUCGAGCAAGCCCCCGUGAUCAAAAAAGACCAACCUGAACGAUCGAGAGAGCCUUCUCAUCAUCAAUCUCCAGAUUUAUCGACCAUUGAUCGCAAGCAACCUGGACCUCCACCUGGCUAUGAUUCUUCGCCCGAUUUCCCUCCUGAGUCACCGAAUAGAUACCAAAGACGUCCCCCCUUCGAUCAACCGGAAUAUCCAAGCGACGAAGAGCUCGAGCGUGGUUACAACACUUUCUCAGAUGACUUUGGAGCAGAUGGUCUCGAUUUUGACCCCAAUGAUGACAAUGUGGCCAAGUUCAAACUAUUUGUUGACGAUGAUGACGACUACACAAAUGGCGGGGGUCCAUCUGUCGAGUUUGAAACUCGACCGCAGUCGCCAGCGUCUUACGAGCGCGAGCGAUCUUUCUCCACUACGCCGAGACCAAUUCCCACGCCAGGCCCCGAAGAUUUCCCCACUCCCCCUCCCACUCAGCCUACAGCUCCUCCAACACACCCAACUCAUCCCACUCAUCCGCCAGCUAUUACACACCCGCCAUCCCAUUAUCAAACUCCAUUUGAUUUUGGCCCGGAAUACUUUUCCGAGGCAAUUCCUUUGAACGAAAAUAGGAAACCGGCUUUCUUGGAUGGCACAUCCAUCCAACCUGGCCCACCUUACCGAGACGAAAUCGAAUCUCCCUUUCAAUCGCCCAAGGGCAAUGAUGAGAGAGGAUAUGAGCAACCCGAUUCGGGUGCAUCGUAUCCUAGCUUUGGAUCCAGUUCUUAUGACGAAGGCUCUCCGUAUGACGAUGAAGAAGACGAUAACGAGUUCGUCUCAAUUCCAAGGCGAAAUUUCAAGGCCUCGUCAUCACCUUCCGAGGACAGGACCAAGAACCAUCGUAUUCGAGACCAUCUGUAUGAUGAAGAGGAUCACUUCCGAAGCGUUUCUCCCUACAGCAACAAGAAUGAAGGUGCACCGCUUUCUUACGAAACGGCAUACAAGCAACGUCCCGAGGUUCCUACCUACUCAGCGCCCAAGUUUGAUGCUCCUAGACCACUGUCGCCCUCUAACGCCUUCAAAACCGACAGAAAUGACCACUUCUCCAAUGAGGAACAAGACCUAGCAAAUGAGGAAAGCGAUGGCUUCUUUACCAUGCCCGAGAACUUUCCCAGCUUAGAGGCGUUAGGCUCGGGAUUUGAAAGCAUGAAGAUCCGAAAUAAGCGAAAUGCAGAGCCCGAUGAGAUGUUAGCUCAAGAGCGUCGGUUCGUCCCAAAACUGAGAAGACACAGGAAUUUGCGACAAGAGCCUCGAGUCUCGUACGGAGCUCAACCAAGGCGGGAUGACGAGUUCGGCUUGAGCCGAGGUUUCUGGGAGGAUGUGGACACCGAGUUUUACCCACACCACAGGAAUAGUUUCGCCCAACGGCAACAAUCGUUUGAAAACAAUCGUCGAAAUAACCGGAAUCAAUACGAAUUCCAGUCCCCCAAAAGGACUCCAAAUUACAGCUACCAAUCUUCGCACGGAUAUUCGUCUUACCCCUCCCGUCAUAGAGAUCCUUACCCGCAGAGCUCCAUUCAGACGUUUCCUAAGAAGACCGGGUAUGAUCGAAAUUCCUAUUACGUUCAAGAUGAGAAAGACAAUGAAAUCUUAGGGUCGGGUAAUUUUGAAGUCAUCAAAGGAGGCACUUUCUUCGACGAGGACACCUAUCAUCAAUCUUCGUAUAAUCGACGACCUCAGCCUAGCCAAAACGGCAAUUUCUUAGAGAACUUUCGCGAUUUCGCCGAUAUCAAAGGCGAUAUCUAUCGGGAACAGUACUACUAGGUCCCUGGCGAAUAACACAAAUUAUUAUGCUACUAGCUGUAACUAGGAGGCUGAAACGCGUACAUUCUAUUGAAUGUGUCAUCAGUAUUAAACAUUUUGUUUAGAUUGUUAUAUCUGUAACCCUGAUUAUUUUUUUAGACAAUUUGAUUGAGGACGAAAUAAAUCUCGAAUUAUGUUCACUUA